AUGCUAGAGUUAUUGUCGAAACGGGCUGAACGGUAUGAGUCUUUGCUUCGCGAUCUGGAAGGGGAUGUUGAUGCACCCACAGCGCGGAGGAUCAGGAAAGCGUUGAAGGUCAAGAAUAAAAAACCCUCGACUCGAAACAAGGACGAUCCCGAUGAUUCGGACUCGAGUUCCUCGGUCGGAUCGCUGGAAGCUGUCGAUCUAGUCGAGGAGGAUCUAAAUCGCAACGAGACUACUCGUGCAGCGGGAUUCUUCGGCAAGAAUUCCGAGGUCACAUGGAUGCAACGACUCGAGGAUGAUAUCGAGCAAAAGUCCUCCUAUUCUGGGAGUCGUCUCCAGUCGACAUCAGGCUCGUCAGCAGCAGUAUCACAGCCGCAGAGUCCACUCGCAGUGGCAGCUGUACUUCCCUCGCAGGAGAAGUGGGACCGUGAUAUCCCCAUCGCAAUGAUGAAUUAUCAUCUCGAUGACUUGGAUAUCCCCCUUGUUAGCGAUGAAUCCGAUCCAAUGACUGUGCCUCCGCGCGAAAUUGCCGAUAAAUACCUCGAUGCGUAUAUGACUUAUGUUCAUCCGACGUUUAGCGUCCUGCGCAAGUCGACCUUCACGGGCCAGUAUCGGCAGUUUUUCAGUAAACCGACGCAGCCACCGCGGAAAUGGCUCGGGAUCUUGAAUAUGAUCUUUGCUAUUGGUUGUCGAUGCUGCAAGCUCCUUGAUCCUGGUACGGAGAGUGCUUGGGAAGAUGGACUCGUGUAUUUGACUCGGGCGCGGCAGUUGUGUCUGCACGAAAAUGUCCUUUUCGAGCAUACCGAUCUGCAGCAGAUUCAGUUGGAGUUUCUGGUAGCUGUGUACUUGCUUUGUUUGGGUCAAGUCAACAGAGCAUCUAAAUUCUCCAGCAUGGCUCUUCGCUCUGCCUUAUCUCUCGGAACAAACCUUCACAUUACAGACGGUCGAACACACGACGCUUCCAAAGAAGCCCGCUGCAGACUAUGGUGGUCCAUCUACUCUCUAGAGUACCUCCUAACCUCCAUGCACGGCCGAGCCUCCUGCAUAGGAGAAGGCCUCUGCUCCGUUCCACCCCCACUCCCCUUCGAAGAAGAACUCUUCGAACAACCAGACAUCGCCCGCCUCUUACAAGACCGAUCCCUCCGCGAAGCUCAGCUCCGCCCAACCCUCUUCGAAACACCCACCCAACUCCAAAGCGGCCCAACCUGGGUGGCAGACUGCAAGCCCUGUUCGGCACUGUUCUUCUACCACCUCACUGACCUCGCUUUGAUAACCCAAGCUGUCCUGAACAAAAUAUACAGCAUUGAGGGAAUCCGCGAGGGCUCCAGCGUGACAGAAUACCGCUUGCAAAAAUAUACUCUUCGCAUGGAUAGAUGGCUCGCUAAAGUCCCCCCGCCUUAUCAAUUCACCGUUCCCGACGCGGGACCCUGGCAUUUAAACCAUGCUCAACUGGAUGAUCAAACUGCGCCAUUUGCAAGGGAACGAGUUUGUCUAGCGAUGAAUUACUAUUCCGCUCGCGUUAUCCUCUGCAGACCGUGUCUCUCGCAGACACACUCCCCCCAACAACCAUCGUCAUCAUCAGCAACCACAACCCCACCCGCCCCAGACGCGAAUCACCGCGCAAAACUGAGAACAGAUAUGGCAACAGAUUGUCUCCAGGCUGCAUGCUCGCUUAUCUCGAUUCUCCCCGAGAACCCAGAUAUAGCAUGGUUCGUCCGCAUAACGCCCUGGUGGAGCGUAUUACAUUUCAUCAUGCAAGCAACCACGGCAUUACUGCUCGCGCUAUCAUUCGUGUCUUUCCCCGAUCAAACCACCCUCCCAAGCUCCUCGGAAUCAACCUCAAAAUCCAAGGCGACUUCAAACUCAAAUUCCAAGUCGGCUUCGGCUUCAGCAUCAGUGUCUGUAUCAGGUUCCGACCCUGUAAUACCGAAUGCACUGGCAUUACUAGAUACAGAUAUCGAGACGGUGAUCGCCCAGUCGAAGAAAGCGCUGCAUUGCAUUCAUACCCUCGCGACUGUGGACCCUGCUGCUCGACGGGCUUUCUUGUUGUGUGAUGGUGUGGUGAGGAGACUUGCGCCAGCGCUGAAGAUUGAUUUGAGGGAUUGGCCGAGGGCGGAGGGUUUAGUUGGUGGUGCGGGUGUGGAUGUGAGUAACAUGCAGAGAGAGAGUCAGGGUCAGAGUCAGGGGCCUGGUCAAGGUCAGGGUGGGCAUGAGGGAAGUGUGGAUGAUGGGAGUCGAAUGGAGGGAUUGGAGGAUUUACUCGAUUUUGAAGGUAAUGGAGUGUAG